AAAAAGGCCAAAUAAAAAAUAAAAAAUUAAAAUUUUUUAAAAAAUAAUCUAAUUGGCCAAACCACCUUUAUAUUCAAGUUUCGCGGCAACGCCACCCUCUCUCUAUCAAAAAUUUCUUUUAACAUAUUUGUAUUUUUUUUAUUUUUUAUUUUGAAAAACCUCUUUCUUCUUUUUGUUUGGGUAAACUUUGUACCUUUCUCCUUCUAAAACCCUUAUGUUUAUCUUCAUGGUUUAGCUCAGAUCGAACAAGGCUGUAAUUUGAUAGAGAAAGGUGUUGAUGGCCCCAACAAGGAAAUCUAAAAGUGUGAACAAACAGUAUUCGAGUGUAUAUGAAGUAUCUCCUGAUAAAAAUGCUGGGAAUUCAAGAAAAAGUACGGCAAAGAAGAAAUUAACUGACAAGUUAGGAACUCAAUGGAGCAAGGCUGAAAUUGAGCAAUUUUAUAAAGCUUACCGGGAACACGGGAAAGAUUGGAAGAAGGUGGCUGCUGCUGUGCAUAAUAGGUCCGCUGAAAUGGUGGAAGCCCUUUACAGUAUGAAUAGGGCAUAUUUAUCCCUGCCAGAUGGAACAGCUUCUGUGAUUGGCCUAAUAGCAAUGAUGACUGACCACUAUAAUGUCCUGGGCGUGAGUGAUGGCGAAAGAGAGAGCAACAAACCUUCUGACAUGUCAGAGAAAGUUCAAAAGCGAAAGCGAGCUAAGGUUCAUCUUGAGUCCUCAAAAGAGGAUGUUGUUCAGCCCCGAUCCAUUGCAUCUAGUGAAGGAUGCCUGUCUUUGUUGAAAAGGGCAGGUCUUAAUGGUAUUCUUCCUCAUGCAUGUCGGAAAAGGACUCCUCGGGUCCCUGUUUCAUAUUCAUAUAGGAGAGAUGACACUGAAAGUUUCGUUCCACCAACCAAAAGAAUUAAGAAAUCAGAGGUUGAUGAUAAGGAUGAUGAACAUGUUGCUGCAUUGACAUUGACUGGGACAUUGCAGAAAGGAGGUUCCCCUUCUGCUUCUCGUUCACCUUAUAAAAUAACUGAACGCAGAAGACCCUCACCUGUUCGAAGCUAUGAUAGGAUGUUGCCACAAUCAGAGACAAGUAAGGCUGAGCUUCAUGAUUCUUCAUAUGAAUGCUGGAUGGAAGGUGGGCCUGGAGGCAUAGAACUUGUAAGUGGAACUUAUGCCAGAGAUAGAGGCCCUUUGAUGGAUAUGGACGGCAUUGGUACUGUUGAAGUUCAUCGAAAGGGGAAAAACUUUUACAGGAAGAAAAUCAAAGUUGAAGAGAGCAAGAAUAAUCUGUCCGAUGAUGGUGGAGAAGCAUGUAGUGGCACUGAAGGAAUUGUAGGUAAUGAUCUCAAAAGGAAAGUUGAUAUGGAGAUUUCUAGUGCAAAAAAGAAACUUUCACCAUGUACUGAGAGGAAGAGAACUAAGAAGCAUGUCCUCAGAGAUCAAAGCUGUGCCCUAGAUGCUCUGCUGGCAUUGGCCAAUUUGUCUUCUGUGGUGCCAACAUCAAUAACGGAAUCCGAAUCUUCUGUCAAACUGAAAGAGGAUAGAACUACAAUUGAAGCUGAUGACCAGUCUAGUGUACCUGAAGCUGCAUCUAUAACUCAUCAUAGAGAUAAAAUAAAGCAACCCAGGCCAAAUAAAAAGGUGCUCAACUUACUUAAUGGAACUGAAGAUGAUACCUCUCGAAAAUCAACAGUUUCUGAACCAAAACAACAGCAAGAACCUUCAAAUAACCCAAGGAAAAGAAAACAAAAACCCUACGUUUCAAAGAUAUCAAACUCAGAGGCUCCAAUGGAUUCUCGUUUGAGAAAACAUUGUGAUAAUGAGGAAAUGGCUAAGGAAGAGAAGAAAUAUCUCACUAAAAGUAAAUGUGCUUCUCAGCAAACAUCAUUCAAAGUUCCAGAAGGUUCUGUCACUAAUAAUGAUCCAAAAAUGGCUGGAAUUGAUUCAGUGGUGUCGACUUCACAAGUUCCUGCCCCAGAUCCUGUUAGCUUACCAGCUAAGCAUCAAAGUAGACGUAAAAUGAACCUAAAGAGAGCUUUACUUUCAGCACACAAAAACUCUUCUGUUUGCACACUAAAAAAUCAACCAAACAACCAUUCUGUUCCACCGUUCACACCGAAGGAAAUGCUUUCUUCCUGCCUAUCAUCCAAUCUUGCACGAAGAUGGUGCUGUUUCGAAUGGUUUUACAGUGCUAUUGAUUAUGCUUGGUUUGCUAAAAGGGAGUUUGUGGAGUACUUAAAUCAUGUCAGCUUGGAUCACAUUCCAAGGCUUACCCGUGUUGAGUGGGGUGUCAUAAGGAGUUCCCUUGGCAAACCUCGGAGGCUUUCUGAACAUUUUUUAAUUGAAGAGAGGGAAAAACUUAAACAGUAUCGGGAGUCUGUGAGACAACAUUAUACUCAACUUCGUGUUGGUACUAGGGAAGGGCUUGCCACAGAUUUAGCACCACCUUUAUGUGUUGGACAACGAGUAAUUGCCAUUCACCCUAAAACAAGGGAAGUUCAUGAUGGAAAAGUACUUACCGUGGAUCAUGAUAGGUGCAGGGUUCAGUUUGACAGUCCAGAUUUAGGAGUUGAAUUUGUCAUGGAUAUUGAUUGUAUGCCACUAAAUCCGUUGGAAAAUAUGCCAGAAACUCUUAAGAAACAAAAUCUUACUUUCGAUCAAUUUUCUUUGGCACCCAGAGGGUCCCAAGGGAAUCGACAUUUAGAGCUUGGUGGGCCUGAGGUAUUCACUUCUUGUGGGUGCGUGGAAAAUGCGACAAGCUCUGUGAACAUAAACCCGAUAAAGGUUGAUGCAAAACAUACUCUGUUGCAUGGUAAGCCAGCUCUUCCGCAUGUUGUUAGUGCACAUCAGGCAGCCUAUGAUCAGCCCCUUGGAAUUGCACAUAUUCAAGGGAGGGAAGCUGAUAUACGAGCUAUGUCUGAAUUGAGUCAUGCUUUGGACAAAAAGGAAGCUUUACUGUCAGAGCUCAGAAAUACAAACGACAUAAUAGAAAUCCAAAAUGGAGAGAGUUGUUUAAAGGUAUCUGAACAUUUCAAGAAGCAUAUUACCACGGUACUUGUACAGCUAAAGGAAGCCAGUGGCCAGGCUUCUUCUGCAUUACUUAACUUGCGACAACGUAAUACUUACCCUGCAAACCCUCUAUUACCAUGGCAGAAACACCCAACUAAUCUUGAUUUCUUAGGUGGCUUGACAAGUUGUUCAUUUGAUAGUUCACUUAUUUCACCAGAAGCAGGGUGUGUUGUAGGUGACAUUAUUAAUGGCUCGAGACUAAAAGCACGUGCUAUGGUUGAUGCUGCUAUCAAGGCUCUGUCAUCGAUGAAGGAAGGUGAAGAUGCAUUUAAGAGGAUCGGAGAAGCUCUGAACAUUGUUGAUAAAAAGCAGAUUACAUCCGACAUUAGUAUGCCAGCGAUCAAAUCACCGGAGCAGAAUCAGGUGAAUGGCUCGGUUUCCAUUACAUCAAAACCAAUGCCCACCACCGGUUGGGCCCCUAAUCCCAGGUUGCAAGAAGCUUCCAACAAAAAUGAGGAACAAGUUCCUUUGGAGCUUAUCACAUCAUGUGUUUCUACCUUGCUCAUGAUACAGAGAUGUACAGAGAGACAAUUUCCACCAGCAGAUGUGGCUCAAAUAAUUGAUUCAGCCAUUACAAGCUUGCAUCCAUGCUGUCCCCAAAACCUGCCUAUUUACCGAGAAAUACAAAUGUGUAUGGGCAAAAUUAAGACUCAAAUAUUAGCUUUAAUACCAACUUUAAUAUGAUAUUUCUUUUUUAUUUUUCCAAUUUUAAUACAAUAUUUUUUUUGCAAUUAGACGACGAUGUUUAAUAAAAGUGAAAUAUGAACUUCUAGAUUUGUAACUCUUUUCUUAUGAGUUACAUUAUCUUAAUUCAUUUUCACCCUUUUUUCCUCUUUAUAAAGAUUAUGGAAGAUGGUUAUGAAGUGUUAUAUAUUGGUGUCAUUAGUCAGAUUAAUACCAAUCCUGUUUAGCUCAAUUAAAAAAAUAAAAA